CAGCAGCAGCAGCAGCAGCAGCAGCAGCAGCAGCAGCAGCAGCAGCAGCAACAGCAGCAGCAGCAGCAGCAGCAGCAGCAGCAGCAGAAGACCAACCCUGGCAAAAGCAGCAGAAACAAAGAAAGCAGCCACAGGGAAAUCAGCAGCAGAUACAUCAGCAGCAGCAGCAGCCGUUUCCUCCCUCCAUCCCGCGCCGCACCUUGA